GUCCCCCUUGUGUUGCCAGAAAUACUAGCUACUAACUUUUGUUUUAUUAAUUCUCCCUACGAUAACACAAUUAGUGACAGUAUCAUUAUCAUAAAUUAAUGAGUCUAAUACCUGUGUUGGUUAGGUGAGCUGUUGUGUGGAUGUAGAUAAGCGAACUAUUCCAGAUGCCGAACAGCGGUGAGGAGUGGCAGGUGGCCCGGCGACGGAAGGGAGCAGGCCGCAGAGGGAAGAUUCCUCACACGGCCUGUCAUGAACCUGGACACGCCGACGCUGUGGACACAGACAGGACCAAACAAAGGAUCACAGAAACCAUGGCUGAACUGAGGUGUGCAGACUUCUGGUUUGAGUGGAGAGAUCGACUGACGGCUGUGGCUAAGGCAGACUCCCCAGAGGUUAGAGGGGACCCAGCAGCAGGCUCUGACCCAGGACCUGAGGGUGGGGACCGGGCCCGGGAGGCCCCUAGCGGCCCACUGGAGUGUGUGUGUUAUGGUCUGGGCUCCUUCUCUUCCUGUGUGACAGCUCGUUACCAACUAGCUAUGCUGCUAUUGAUUCUGGAGUCACUACAGAUCCCUAUGGAGCAGUGCAGUGUGUACGACCCUGUGUUUUCCUCAGGUGAGAUGGAGAUACUGAGACAGCUUGGCCUCACCGUGCUGACUGAGAACGAGGAGGGGAAGCGAGCAGUGUCGAGGCCAACUCUUUUCUACCUGAUGCAUUGUGGGAAGGCUCUGUACAACAACCUGCUGUGGAAGAACUGGAGUAGAGAUGCACUGCCUCUACUGACUAUCAUAGGAAACAGCUUUGCAGGCAUACAGGACAGGAUGAUUCAGAGAGAACUCAAGAGAGACUACAGCUACAUAGCACACGCUGUGUGUGUGUGUGAGGAGUGGCCCCUUCCAUGCCCGUCCCGACUCCUGGACAUCUUCAAUGACACUGCCCUCAUCACCUUCAAGCCCAGCAGCCUCUGCAACCUCCCACAAUCCACCUGGGGGGAAGCACCAGAGCCCCAAUACCAACACUGCCCCGAUCUGGAGAUCAUACAGAGGCCCACAGAGAUGAGAGAGGUGGAGGAUGAAGGAGUCAUUGUGGUCUCUGUGGUUCCCAGUGAAAUGAGAGGAUAACAAGGAUUUUAUCCCCCCUUGUAAUCCUUUGGUGGGACAUUUUCUUUUUGGGGUAAAUUUAUUUUCAGGGUGGAAAAACGAGUUAAGUUUAAACUUAAACUAAAACUAGAUAUAAAGUAUGUAGAAAAGUCAAUGAACAUAUAUAUUUUUUAAAUAAUAUAAUCUUUGAGAACUAACAAUCAC